UCUCUUUUUGGGCAAGGCACAGUAACCAGCAAGGCAGCAACCAUACAUGGGCAAAAAUCACAGAUUCAUAGACACACAAAACAAAAGUGGCAAAUAAUGGAGGUGCAAGCCCAAGAACCACACCAAGAAGGACAAGAGAAACAGCUGAAGCGGCGGCGUGUCACCGUAGACCGACACACCAAGGUGGACGGGCGACACAGGCGGGUCCGGAUACCGGUGAACUGCUGCCCCGGUAUCUUCCGGCUGACGGAGGAGCUGGGUCACCGCUCCGACGGCCAGACCAUCCAGUGGCUCCUCAGUCAGGUCCGUCCGGACCUCGUCCUCCCGGGGUCGUCCCAGGCUCGCCUGGCUCGCAACUCGGCCUGCACGCCCUCACCCACUUGCGCGACCAGGGUACAGGAAGAUGGUUUGGACCAGAAGGCAGUGGCUCUUCCUAACCCAAGGCCCACGGUCAGGGCCACUGUGGUUCAGGCUUCUACGGUGUUCUACGAUACCCCAGCAACGUUGGCAGAUAAGGCAGAGAGAUUGAUUGCUGGUGCUGCUGCAUAUGGCUCUCAACUAGUUGUGUUUCCAGAAGCAUUUGUUGGUGGUUAUCCACAUGGAGUGAUGUUUGAGGGUUUUGUAGAAACCCAUCUAACCUCUGAAAACAAGGAGUUCCAAAAGUAUUUGGCCUCCGCUAUUGAUGUGCCAGGACCUGAAGUUGACAGACUUGCUGAAAUCUCGGGUAGAUAUAAAGUUCACUUGGUGAUGGGAGUAGUUGAAAGAGUUGGAUCUUCGCUCUUUAGCGCCAUUCUGUUUUUUGAUUCUCUGGGCCGUUUUCUUGGAAAACAUCGAAAGCUAAUGCCAAUGGAAUCAGAAUGUGCAGUGUGGUGGCCAGGAGAUAAAUCAUUACUGCCUGUAUAUGAGUCUCCAAUCGGGAAAAUAGGUGGCCUUAUCUGCUGGGAUAAUAGAAUGCCUUCUCUAAGAACUGAAUUGUAUGCAAAAGGCAUUGAAAUAUAUUGUGCACCUACGGCCGAAGCGAGGGAGAUAUGGCGGUCAUCAAUGAGCCACAUUGCUCUAGAAGGUAGCUGCUUUGUUCUAUCUGCCAACCAAUUCUGUAGAAGAAAAGAUUAUCUUCUGUCACCAGAAGGUGUUUCUGGAGGUUCAGAUGGUGAUAUCUCCGAUGAUACAAUCAUAUGCGCUGGAGGUAGUGUUAUUAUAUCACCAUCAGGGACCAUUCUGGCAGGACCUAAUUACCAAGGGGAAUCCCUCAUCUCAGCUGAUCUAGAUCUUGGAGAGAUUACUCAAGCAAAGCUAGAUUUUAGAGGAAUUGGGCAUCGUCUGGGACCAGACUCUGUCAAUCAGACUGCAGAUAGACUUGAUCCGAUUUUCUUAACAACUGCUGUGAAAACCGAGGUUCCUGAUGAGCUGUGAUGGUGACUUAGCUGUGUUAUGUUUGAGUUUUGAGUCUUCUUGGCACCAAAUUAGGGUUUGUAUUAUCUUAUCUGUAGUGUUUAGAUGUACAGAGAUUAGGCAGUGGGGUAAAUAUGUCAAAUACAUUUGUAGAAAUCAAACAUUUUUGAGUAGAUGCUUCUUGGGCAAUUUUGGUGGUCAGAGUGCCCAGGGUCAGAGUUUGAUGAAUAUGUUAGUCCUGGAAUAUUUGCGAUUUUAUCUAUGAAAUUCCAUACAUCAAACGUGCUA